UUCCUGACAGGCUGCCACAAUUACGCAGGGCUGUGAUGACGCCAACAUCGGCAAAUCCUACCUCAUCUGCGGAGAUUGAAGAAAAAACAAACAUAAACUCUGUUCCUGUUUGUCUAUCGCUCAGAGCAUCCCAUCACAUCCAUCCACCCCGUCAGGCUGCUGGCUGUCUCAGUAGGCUACGACCUCUGGUUAAUUGCAUCUGGAUUACUGGAAAGCAGAGGGGAUGAGACUACCAGAGAAAAGACCCCUGCUGAAUCCUUAUCUUCUGUUCCAGGGCGUUAAAACGGAAACGCACUCUCAAAUCCACAACAGACCAAAGGGAAUAUCGCUAACACACACCGGCCUAUGGGUGUAUUUGGCGAUGGAGAGCCCGAACUUGACGCACGGAUCUGUUUCCAUAAACGACACGCUGGUUCAGAAUUCACAAACGACCAGCGUCGAGACAGCAAUCGCUCUGCCCAUUUUUAUGUUUGCUGGAGGCGCCAUUGGGAAUUUGAUUGCAAUAAUCGUCCUUUCAGUGUCAAUACAGGAGAGGAAAUCUUCAGCUUUCUACACGCUGGUGUGCGGUCUGGCGGUGACGGACCUGCUGGGCACCUGCCUGGCCAGUCCGCUCACCAUAGCCAACUACCUGGACCCCAAUGUGCUGACGGACCACCAUGUCUGCGAGUUUCACUCUUUUUUGUUGCUGUUCUUCGGUUUAACAGGACUGAGCAUCAUAUGCGCCAUGGCAGCAGAGCGGUACCUGGCUAUAUGCUGCCCGUACACCUACCAGCGGUGGGGAGUGGACCGACGCUUUGCGCAAAAGUUCCUUUUCUUUAUUUGCAUCAGUCACAUCUUCUUCUGCUGCCUCCCGAUGAUGGGCAUGUCGGUGAGCAAGCUGCAGAAGUCCGGCACCUGGUGCUUCAUCGACUGGUGGACACAACACAACAACAAGCCUUUGGCCGCCGCUUACUCCGUCCUGUACGGCGCCGUCAGCCUGCUGCUCAUCCUGGGCACCAUCGUGCUGAACCUGGCGGUGUGCGGAGCUCUGCUGCUGAUGCGCCAGAGGACCGUGCAGCGGACCGUCACCAGAUCCAGCGUCCGAGAGAGGUGGAGGGCUCUGUCCUCGGCUGCAGAGACGCAGAUGAUCGCAGUGCUGGUGACGACCUCCGCGGUGGUUCUGGCCUGUUCAGCCCCGUUGGUGGUCCGUGUGUUUGCCAACCGUUUCAUGCUGAAAAAUGACCCCAAAGCUGACCUGGCUGCCAUCCGAAUAGCUUCUGUUAACCCCAUCCUCGACCCCUGGAUCUACAUCCUCCUCAGGAGGUCUCUGUUUCGGCGGUUACUAAAUCUAUCCAGGCAAGGUAGCAGCACUAGCAGAGGUUCAUCUCCUUCAACACAAAGGGAUUCGUUUUAUCCUGAUCUCAUGAGGGACAGCCACGUGUUCACCCAGCUGAUGUGCAACGCAAACAUUAUUACUCAGCUGCCUGCCACCGUCAAAUUCACUGUGUACAACACAGAGAGCCAGACUUAAAACAGACUGAAGAUGUGUUCGACGUCUAUGAAUGUUUGCUGCUCUCUCAGGCUGCAAGCAGCUCGAUGCAGGGACUUUGUCUCGGAGCUGAUGUCAUUGGCAUGAAAAGACUGUGACCUCUCUGUGGGCCCACAGCUGGACAGGACCCUCAGGGCUCCUGUUGGAUUAUUAAUGAAAUAAAAGUCGACAGCUGCCCUGCAUCUAUGUAGACGUCUCCUGCAUUGACAUGGGACAGAUGAGGAAAAACUAACUUUUAUGUUAUUACCGAAGUGUAACAAUAAGACAUGACCAAGCCUUUAUUUUGUGCCUUAUUCAGACCUCCUCCCUCAGAUACAGCAAUGUCCAUGGGGACAGUUCAUUUUGCAUGAGGAGAGACAUUUGAAAGACUGAUAUGAGAUUGAUGAAGCACUGACUAAAUGCUUCUGAUUCAUGUUUGUAUUAAAGAUCUUAUAGCUUGA